CACAGGGAGGAGAGGCCCUUCCUCUGCCCCGACUGUGGGAAGGGCUUCAAGCACAACUCCACCCUCGUCAGGCACCAGCGCAUCCACACUGGAGAAAGGCCCUACAGGUGCUUGGAAUGUGAGAAGAGCUUCAGCUCGAGCUCCCACCUGAUCCGCCAUCAGCACAUCCACACAGGAGAGUGGCCCUAUGAGUGUUCUGAGUGUGGGGAGAGGUUUCAGAGCAGCUCCAGUCUCCUCAGGCACCAGCGGAUUCACACAGAUGAGAGGCCCUAUGAGUGUUCUGAGUGUGGGAAGAGAUUUCAGAACAGCUCCAAUCUCCUCAGGCACCAGCGGAUUCACACAGAUGAGAGGCCCUUCCGCUGCCCCGACUGUGGGAAGGGCUUCAAGAGAAACUCCACCCUCAUCAUCCACCAGCGCAUCCACACCGGGGAGAGGCCCUAUGAGUGUCCUGAGUGUGGGAAGAGCUUCUCAGACCGCUCUACCUUGGCCCGACACCGACGGAGGCACUGGUAAGGGAAGCCCUGUGAGUGCCCUGAGUGCAGGAAGAGUUUCAUCCGCUGCUCCAACUUCAUCCUCCAUCGCAGGACCCAGUUUGGGAAGAGCCCUGUGACCCACAUUCCCAGUGAUCCACAUUGGGAAGACACCUGACCCUUUCUCUGCCCCUGGGACUGAUGUGAGGUAGGAUGGAAGAACAUGAGGGUCUGGCAAUGGCCCUGUCAUUAUAUCUGAUCCCACCUCAGGUCAUUGACAGGGCCAGGGAAAGGGAGUCUGUCUCUCUCCCAAGGGGAGAAGGAUGUUCUUUAAGCACUGGAGAAAACAUGUGUUUGGGAGGAGCCCAUUGGUGUUGUCGCAGUUUUCCCUGUAAAUUGUUUGUUUGUUGUUAUCCCUUCUGUUAUCGAUAUUGUUGCUGUUCCUGUUGGUUCCUUAUCUCAUUGCUGUUCCCAGUAAAUUGUUCUUAU